GUACAAUCACCCUUUUCCACAACUUCAUCUCCAAAUUUUUCUUUUAUUAAAUCAAUCUUUUUUUCUAUUUUUUCAUCCUCAAUCAUUCAUUCUAUUAAUUUUGAAACUUUAGGUUCCAUCAAUAAUAUCUCCCUCAUUAUCCGUCUCAAAAUUCUUCUUUUAUUUAUAUUUUUUUCUUCUUGUCUUGGUCGUUGAGAAAUUAUUCCUCGUUCUUUCUCAACUGUUUCAACUGUUCCCGGUUUAUUCGCCGCAAGAGUUUAGUUUCGAAUUAAUUCUUACACAGAUCAACGGUGUCCUCAGCGUUUCUUUUGCCACAAUGAAGAUUUAUGUUUUUGUUUUUAUGUUUGUCUAAUUUUUGAGUUGCGUUGAACAAUUUGAUUCUUAGUUUUUCCACUUACAGUUCAUAAACGGCAUUACCCUUUUGAAAGAUCUUGCUUGGGUGCUUUUCAAUUUUCAGCUUGGUAAAAAAAGUUGACUUUUUUACCUAGGGAUUCUGGUUCCCUUUUUGUUCUAUAGCGUGAUAAUGAAGCUUGUGGUUCGUGUGAUUGAGGCAAAGAACUUGCCACCGACGGAUCCUAAUGGGUUGAGUGAUCCGUACGUGAGGCUGCAGUUGGGGAAGCACAGGUUCAAGACCAAAGUGAUCAAGAAGUGUUUGAAUCCAAAGUGGGAUGAGGAGUUUAGCUUUAAAGUGGAUGACCUUAAUGAGGAGUUGGUUAUAUCUGUUAUGGAUGAAGAUAAGUUCUUCAAUGAUGAUUUUGUGGGUCAGCUUAAAGUGCCAGUUUCACUUGUUUUUGAGGAGGAGAUCAAGUCCCUUGGCACUGCUUGGUAUUCUCUGCUGCCUAAAAGCAAGAAGUCCAAGAACAAGGAAUCUGGUGAGAUUCGUUUGAGCAUAUAUUUUGCACAAAAGAAUGCAUUAAUUGAGUCAAAUGGCAGUGGUGAUCUAUUAUUACAUCCCAGAAUGAUGGAUUCACCUUCAAGAUCUUCCACAGGUCGUUCAAGCUCAUCUUCUCCUGUCAGGGAAGAAAUUACAUCUGCCAAGGAUGAAAAGUCGAGUACACAAAAAACAAUCACAGGUAGAAUUGCCCAAAUCUUUAAUAAGAGUUCUGACAUGUCUUCAACUCCUACCCGUAGAAGCAUUGACUUGGACCAACCUGAAACUAGUAAAGUAGAAGUUAGUGAAAUGAAGGCUGAGGAUCAGUCCUCUAACGAGACUUUUGAAGAAGCUAUGAGAAAAAUUCAGUCUGAAGAUCAAGGCAGUGAAAUUCCUAGCAAUUUACCAGCCGGAGUGCUUAUUGAUCAGCAAUAUGUUAUUGCACCAGAAGACUUGAACGAGUUACUAUUUUCAUCAGAUUCAGAUUUUCUCAAGUUGUUGGCAGAUGUACAGGGUAAUACAGAACUGGAAAUAGGACCUUGGAAGUUUGAGAAUGAUGGGGAGAUCUUCAAAAGAUCAGUUACUUAUGUUAAGGCUCCUAGUAAAUUGAUUAAGGCUGUCAAAGCCUUUGAGGAACACACAUAUUUAAAAGCUGAUGGGAAGAACUUUGCUGUUCUAACGAGUGUCAGCACUCCUGAAGUUAUGUACGGGAGCACCUUUAGGGUAGAAAUACUCUAUGUGAUCACACCUGGACCAGAGUUGCCAACAGGAGAACAGUGUUCACAUCUGGUUGUAUCAUGGCGAAUGAAUUUUAUACAGAACACCAUGAUGAAAGGAAUGAUAGAAAAUGGGGCUCGGCAGGGCAUGAAGGAUAGCUUUGAUCAGUAUGCUAGUUUGUUAUCUCAGACUGUUAAACCUGUUGAUCCGAAGGACAUUAGUUCCAAUAAGGAACAAGCUUUGGCAUCAUUACAUGCAGAACCUGAAUCAGAUUGGAAGCUUGCAGUGCAAUAUUUUGCUAACUUCACAGUAAUCUCUACAGUUUUCAUUGGGUUGUAUGUGCUUGUUCACAUUUGGCUGGCUACACCCAGCACAAUUCAAGGGCUUGAGUUUGGUGGGCUUGACUUGCCAGAUUCAAUUGGUGAAUUUGUUGUCUGUGCAGUCUUGGUUCUUCAAGGUGAACGUGUGCUGGGUUUAAUCUCGCGCUUCAUAAAGGCCAGAGGACAAAAGGGUAGUGAUCAUGGAAUCAAAGCACAAGGAGAUGGGUGGUUGCUAACUGUUGCCUUAAUUGAAGGAAGCAAUUUAGCUUCUGUUGAUUCUAGUGGGUUCUCUGAUCCAUAUGUAGUGUUUUCUUGCAAUGGAAAAACAAGAACUAGUUCAAUUAAGUUCCAGAAAUCUAAUCCUGUAUGGAAUGAAAUAUUUGAGUUUGAUGCAAUGGAUGACCCUCCUUCUGUGCUGGAUGUGGUAGUUUAUGAUUUUGAUGGGCCUUUUGAUGAAGCUGCAUCUCUAGGACAUGCUGAAAUUAAUUUUCUGAAAGCAAACAUAGCAGAUCUUGCUGAUAUAUGGGUUCCUCUUGAAGGAAAGUUGGCUUUGGCAUGUCAGUCUAAGUUGCACCUAAGAAUUUUCUUGGACAACACUAGAGGUGGUAAUGUUGCAAAAGAGUAUUUAAGUAAAAUGGAGAAAGAAGUCGGGAAGAAGAUAAAUUUGCGGUCUCCUCAGACAAAUUCAGCUUUUCAGAAACUCUUUGGGCUUCCACCUGAGGAAUUUCUCAUCAAUGACUUUACCUGUCAUUUGAAAAGAAAAAUGCCCCUGCAGGGCCGCCUAUUCCUAUCAUCAAGAAUAAUUGGAUUUCAUGCAAAUUUGUUUGGAAAGAAGACAAAAUUCUUUUUUCUUUGGGAAGAUAUUGAAGACAUUCAGGUCAUUCCUCCUACAUUUUCAUCAAUGGGGAGUCCAAUAAUUGUCAUAACUCUUCGGAAGGGUAGAGGUGUGGAUGCAAGGCAUGGUGCAAAAACACAAGAUGAGCAAGGCAGACUGAAGUUCCAUUUUCAGUCAUUUGUGUCGUUUAAUGUUGCACACAGGACUAUCAUGGCUCUCUGGAAGGCCAGAUCCUUGAGUCCAGAACAGAAGGUCGAGUUUGUUGAAGAAGAAUCUGAUACCAAGAGCCUUAUAAGUGAAGAGAGUGGCUCAUUCCUUGGUGUGGAUGAUGUUAGCAUGUCUGAGAUUUAUUCUUGCUCUCUUCCAAUUCCUGCAAGUUACCUCAUGGAGAUAUUUAGUGGGGGUGAGUUGGACCGUCGGGUCAUGGAGAAGUCCGGUUGUAUUAAUUAUUCUUAUACCCCUUGGGUAUCAGAGAACAUUGAUAUCUCUGAGAGAGCAGUAUAUUACAAAUUUGAGAAGCGUAUUUCAAGUUAUAAAGGUGAAGUGACAAGUACUCAGCAAAGAUCUCCCCUUUUGGAUGGAAAGGGUUGGCUUGUGGAAGAGGUUAUGAACCUUCAUGGAGUUCCUCUCGGUGAUUAUUUCAAUAUACACCUUAGGUACCAAAUUGAGGAUUCACCCCCUAAAGCAAAGGGAUGUAGAGUGCAAGUAUUAUUUGGAGUUGAAUGGCUGAAAAGCACAAGGAACCAGAAAAGGAUUACAAAGAACAUCCUAGAAAAUAUACAGGAACGUUUAAAGGUGACCUUUAGUUUAGCUGAAAAAGAGCUUCAACCAAAAUAGCAAAUGAAUCAUCCUGGAUUUGACUUAAACAAAUAUUGGAGCUAGCUGAAAUUCUGUUACCAAAAGUGUUAUUAUGUCCAUUUACGGGCUUGACUGGAAUAUAUGAUGCAUCAGAUCACAAGGUUCAUGUGAUUGUGCUGUUUGGGGUUGGUUUUCAUGACAAUCCUAACUUCACUGGUGGAAAGAACCUUCUAGUGGAGGGGAAUUUUAUCAAAUGCUGAAAAUUGUGCUCUUUAAUUAACUUGCUACCGGGUCUAUUCUUUAAACCAGGUUAUUUCAUAGGAGAGGUUACCUUACCUAGUUGUUCCAUUGUACAUGACUCAUUUGACUCUAGCAGAAGAUACACACUCAGAUUUCUAACAGCAGUUUCUAGCAAUUCAAAUUUGGGAUUUGUUGUCUUAUUACAAAGGUCAGCAACAUUUUGUUGCCUCAGUAAUUAUUAAUUGCUGUAAGUUGUGACAGUUGACACUUUUGGUUAUGUAGGAAAUGUUGUAAACAAUUUUUUAGGCCUGAGACCAUCAUGGCAUGAAGCACAGGUCCUUUACUCCUUGUAGAUUGAUUUGUUCAAAUUUGCAAUAUAUUCAUUAUAUUGUGUCCUUUUUGA